GUGUCUGAACGUGAAACGAUGAGCGCAGCGAAGAACGACUCCGAGAAAGAUGGCGGAGGAGUUUCAGUGUGAAGACGUUUCUCAGGGAGACGAGUCUGGCAGAGGGGGGAGAGGAUUGAGAGGCGACGGGCAGAGGCUAACGCUCGGCGCGGCGCUGCUAGCAACCCAUACAGUCUAUGCUAGCAACGCACGCCAACCGGAAACUGUGGAUGACUUUUUACGCAACUUCCUCCUUCACGCAGGUAUGACACAAACUCUCCAGUGUUUCCAGGCGGAGUGGAGUGAGAUGGAACACCGGGUCGGUGUGGUGCCCGACGUCUACACCGACAACCAGCGCCUGGACACGGAGCUGAAACACGAGUACAGGCGGGCGGCCACCGCUGCGGCUCAGGCCCUGGUGAAGACCCAGAGAUCCAGAGACCUCCACCGGCUGCAGUACACGCGCCGUGUUGAUCGAGGACGUGAGGAGGCUCGUUACAGAAGAUGAAUGGACACCAGGCGGGUUUAAAGGCUGCAGAGGGGGAGAAGGUGAAGUCAGCUCAGCACAUCAUCCAAGUGUCAAAGUGACAACACAUCCACGGCCCUGGCAUCUCCUCUAAGAAGUCACACUAAGGCCCACUGAACAAAUCUAUGUUCUAAUAAAUAACUGUUAGAUCUCACAUGACUCUUUUCAUGGAGUCUGGCCCCUUCAUGGUCCAGUGUGUAGGAUUUAGGUGAAAGGGAU